AUGCCCUGGAGAAGACUAUUUUCAAGAUCGUGAAUAUAUCUGUCCGUAUCAUGGCCCACGUGAGACACUUGCGGACAUUAGUUUCGGGAUUUUACUUCUGGGAAGCAGCACUGUUACUCAGUUUGGUUGCCACAAAGGAAACAGAUAGUGCAAGAUCUCGAAGUGCUCCAAUGUCACCUUCUGACUUUCUGGAUAAAUUAAUGGGGAGGACAUCGGGGUAUGAUGCAAGAAUCAGGCCCAAUUUUAAAGGCCCUCCAGUUAAUGUCACAUGCAACAUAUUCAUCAACAGCUUUGGCUCUAUCGCAGAGACUACCAUGGAUUACAGAGUGAAUAUUUUUCUUCGUCAGAAAUGGAAUGAUCCUCGUCUUGCAUAUAGUGAAUAUCCUGAUGACUCUUUAGACCUCGACCCUUCCAUGUUGGACUCCAUUUGGAAACCUGAUUUGUUCUUUGCCAAUGAAAAGGGUGCCAACUUUCAUGAAGUCACUACCGACAACAAAUUGCUCAGAAUUUUCAAAAAUGGAAAUGUUCUUUAUUCAAUAAGAUUGACAUUAACACUUUCCUGUCCAAUGGAUCUUAAGAAUUUUCCAAUGGAUGUACAAACAUGUAUAAUGCAACUGGAAAGCUUUGGGUACACAAUGAAUGACCUCAUUUUUGAAUGGCAAGAUGAGGCACCUGUACAAGUGGCAGAAGGACUCACUUUGCCCCAAUUUCUGUUGAAAGAAGAAAAAGAUUUGCGAUACUGCACUAAACAUUACAAUACAGGAAAGUUUACAUGUAUAGAAGUGCGAUUCCAUCUUGAACGACAAAUGGGAUACUAUCUGAUCCAGAUGUACAUUCCCAGUCUCCUGAUUGUUAUUCUAUCCUGGGUUUCCUUCUGGAUCAACAUGGACGCAGCUCCGGCCAGGGUAGCUCUGGGAAUAACCACUGUGUUGACCAUGACCACACAGAGCUCAGGAUCACGAGCCUCCUUACCAAAGGUUUCAUAUGUCAAAGCCAUUGACAUUUGGAUGGCAGUGUGCCUCCUUUUUGUGUUUUCAGCACUUCUGGAGUAUGCAGCUGUAAAUUUUGUAUCAAGGCAACACAAAGAACUUCUGAGAUUUCGGCGAAAGAGAAAGAAUAAGACAGAAGCUUUUGCAUUGGAGAAGUUUUACCGUUUCUCAGACAUGGAUGAUGAGGUAAGGGAAAGUCGAUUCAGCUUCACCGCCUAUGGAAUGGGACCAUGUCUACAAGCAAAAGACGGUGUCCCCCCAAAAGGCACAAACCUUCCCAUCCAGGUAAUGCCAAAAAGCCCUGAUGAAAUGAGGAAGGUCUUUAUCGACCGGGCCAAGAAGAUUGACACCAUCUCUCGAGCCUGCUUCCCAUUAGCCUUUUUGAUUUUUAAUAUUUUCUACUGGGUUAUCUAUAAAAUUCUUAGGCACGAGGAUAUUCAUCAGCAACAAGAUUAA